GCCACUACAUAUUCAAAAUGCGCGUGAAGACUGUACAGAUAAACUGGCACGACAAGCUGCCGAUAUUCAGCGUGGACUUUGACCGCAACUACAAGUGUGAGGCAGGCGGCUGGCGGUUCGCGUCGGGCGGCGGCGACAACAACGUGCGGCUCUGGCGGCUCAAACCACAGCACGAGCGCGACGCCGACCCGCAUUCGCCGGCAGUGGAGUUCCUUGCCAGCCUGAACCGGCACCAGCGGCCAGUGAACAUUGUGCGGUUCUCGCCGGUCAGCAGCACGCUGGCAUCGGCUGGUGACGACGGCGUGAUCAUGCUGUGGCAUCAGGUCGAGGCGGCAAGGCAGAAUCUGGUGGAGACCGAUGGGUUCGUUGAGCCUGAGACCUGGCGGCCCGUGCGCAUGCUGCGCGGGUCAUUGGCGGAUAUCUGUGACUUGGCGUGGAGUCCGUGCGGGCGCUACAUCGCCAGCGCAUCGGUCGACAAUACCGCGCGGAUCUGGGAUGCGGGCGAGGGCCGGUGCAUACAGGUGCUGGCUGACCACACGCACUACGUGCAGGGCGUGGCAUGGGAUCCGCUGGGCGAGUUUAUAGUCACGCAGGGCAGCGACCGGUCCAUGCGCGUCUACCGCUGGGUGGCCACCGGCGACGUCAAGCCCGGCGCCGACGCGGUCAGUCUUGUGGCCACCCACCAGUCGAUGCCUGCCGAUAGCAGCGAGCCCAAUGCACGUGGCCACCGCCUGUUCCACGACGACAACCUGGCGUCGUUCUUCCGCCGCCCGGCCUUCUCCCCCGACGGCCGCCUGGUGGCGACUGCUGCAGGCGUGCAGAAGCACCGCCGCAACUGCUGCUACCUGUGGGCCCGCGACCGCCUCCACGCCCCGCCCUGUGUUGCCCUGGCUGGCCACACAAAGCCCGUGGUGGCCACGCGCUGGGCGCCUUGUGCCUUCCAGGCUGAGAGCGCUGGGUGGCUGGCAAAUAAUGGCCAGCGCAUGAUGCUGGCUGUGGCCAGCCAGGGCGCUGUCGCCAUCUACGAUACGUCAAGGUGUGCGGCGCUGGCGCUGAUGGGCGGCCUGCACUACGCCAUGAUCACAGAUCUAGCAUGGACCAGCGAUGGCUCGCAUCUGCUGAUCUCCUCUAUUGAUGGCUUUGCCUCUGUUGUUGCAAUCGACCAGCCGUCGCCACCCAUGCCGGUCCAGUCGCAUUACCGUGAGAACAUCCUGCCAGCACAGCCUGUUCAGCCGGUCGUGCAGCCGCCGGUUCGCAGUAAAGAGAAGAAGCGCGUUGCCCCGACCCUGGUCAGCACGCUGUGACCGCCCGGUGCAGACGCGCUUA